AUGAUAAAAAUUUGUUUUCCUUAUCAAGUCAAGAAUGGUUAUAAUUUGGCUCAUUAUAUUGCGUCUAAACUUUCAGACUAUGAAAUUGGUAUAAAUGAUUUACUUCCUGAUUCCAUGCAUCUCAAAUAUACCGAAGCAGGUGUUACCAUCUAUCCAGGCUUAAAUCGUGAUACUCUAUUCAUGUUUGAUAAUAGUAGCAAUCAUGGUUUAUUUGCUGAAGAUGCCCUUUUGGUCUUGCAAAUAGAUAUGAAAGAUGGUACAAAAAAACCACUUCUUCAUGAUAAAAGAGGUUUAUGGAUAAAAAAAUGUGAUACAUGUAAAAAAAAUAAGCCUGAUCCAAACAACCUAAACUGUUGCACUUCGUAUAUUCUUUCAGCUCAACCUGACUUUGCAGCUCAAAGAUUACACAUACAAGAGAUAAAUAAUUUAUUAAAAAUUCGCUGCUUUGCUUGCUGUUCUGAACAAUUUAUGAGUGCUUAUGAACUUGAACUUUCUGGAAAGGCUGCUAACUUUGCAGUAAAGAAGUAUCGUUCUCAUCAUCGAAUUCCAGAACAAGUUCUUGAAGAAUUUGCUUAUGAUUAA